AUGUCGGCCAAUGCGUCGGCCUCGGCCUCGGAGCAGCAGCAGCAUCCGCCGCGCCGCCGCCAGCGCUUCUCCGGCGGCGGUCCGAACGCGGAUGGCGAGAUGGUGUCGACGCGUCGCUCCGAGUGCGUCCAGGUCGCGCUCGUCGUGCGUCCGCUGCUGCCGCACGAGCCACGCGGCUCCGAGUGCCUGCACCAGCCGCAGCCGGAGAAGCCCGAGGUGGUGCUCGACUGCGCGCCGUUUCCCUUCGCCUUCGACCACGUGGGCGGCCCCGAAGGUGGCAUCUCGUCCGUCUAUGACGCGUGCGUCGCACCGACGCUGCUCCCGAACGUGCUGCGGGGCUGCAACGCGACGGUGCUCGCGUACGGGCAGACCGGCUCUGGGAAGACGCACACGAUGGGAUCGGGCGCGGGCGCGCGCCGCGUGCCCGGCCUCAUCCAGAUGUCGGUCGAGCAGAUCUUUGAGCGGCUGCCGCCCGGCGCCGCUGCGCGCGCGAGCUUUGUUCAAAUCUACGAGGACGCGGUGCACGACCUGCUGGCGCCGGCGGCGGCGGACGGCGAGCUGCCCCGGCUGCACCUCAAGCGGGACGGCGCGGGCUGGGGCCUCCCCGCCGCGCGCCGCGAGCUCGUCGAGUCCGCCGCCGACGUGACGGCGCUGCUCGCCCGCGGCGCCGCGGCGCGCGCCACCAGUAGCACGCGGCUCAACGAGCACUCGUCGCGGUCGCACGCGGUGCUCUCGGUGGAGCUGAGGCUGGCGGACCCGAAGAGCGAGGGCGCCUCCGGCCAGCUCCGGCCCAAGCUCACCUUCGUCGACCUCGCCGGCUCGGAGCGCACCAAGCGCGCCGGCACCGAGGGCAAGGUGCAGCACGAGGGCAUCCAAAUCAACCUGUCGCUCUUCCACCUCAACCACGUGAUCCACGCGCUGGGCUCGCGCGCGGCGCACGUGCCGUACAACGGCUCCUCCCUCACCAAGGUCCUCGCCGACCGCCUCGGAGGCGCCGCCCAGACCCGCGUGCCCGCGGUGCCGCCGCCUCUCAAUUCUUCAUCAAAAGAGGCGGCGCGCCAGGCCGACGAGGAGCGGGCGAGGGAGGAGGAGCUCCGCGCGAGGGAGAGGGAGCAGCUCGUCACGCACAACCGCGAGCUGGCCGCCGCACUCGACGCGUCGGAGCGGCUGCGGAGCGACGCGGUGCGGAGAGCACUCUGCGCACGGACCGCCGCCGCCGCGUGCAGUGCGGUCGUCACGCGUGCCGCCGCCGAGCAGCGCACCGCCGCCGAGGCCGUCCUCGCCGAGUGGGCGGACAAGGCGCAGGCCCGCGCGUGGGCGGCCGAGGCGGACGCGGCGGCCUCCGCCAUCGAGGUGCGCAGGCUAGAGGCGGCCUUGAGCGAGGCGCUGCAGCGGGCGGAGGCGGCGGAAGGCCGCGCCGCGGCGGCAGAGGAGCGAGCCGCCGCCGCCGCUGAGCGAGCUGCCGCAGAGGCGGAGGCGGGGGGGGCGGGCCGGGCCGACGAGGCCGCGCCAGGAAAGGUGUGCGCUGAGCCGGCGACGGCGGAGGAGGAGUCGGCGCAGCGGCUCAAGCGGCGGCGCGGCGCAAAGGGGGCGGGCCGGGCGCAGGCGCACGACGAGCGCGACUACGACCCGGUCGACCAGUCGGGAGGCGCCCGCAGCCACGACUUUGGCGCGUCGCGUCCAUGGCCUGUCCAUGCCAUGUCCGAGACACGUCCCAUAGGCGCCCGCACGCACGACUUUGGCGCGUCGCGCGUCGACCGCUUCGAGGGCCAUGGCGCGCCGCCCUCCCCCCUUCCUCCACAGCCCCACCCUCCUCCGCGCGCGCGCCGCGCCCUCCUCCACUCGCCUGGGGCGGGUCACCCGAACACCUCCGGCCCACGCGCAGGCUCCUUUUACCCAAAGCCAAUCUCGCUCGACCCGCGGCUGCACGCGCCGAUUGUGCCGCAGCCAUCGCGCGAAAGCUCGCGCGUGCUCACGCCUGUCGACACGAACCGCGCAGCCGCCACCCCGUCGAAGCGUUCGACGAGGGCGAGUGCGCGCAGCCGCGCGGCCGCUUGA